GUUUGAUUAGAGUGACACGUCAUCACCACGCAAAAGAGCCGAUUGCGUCAGUCACGCUUGUGUAUCAGCAGCGAUACCCUACAACCUCCCCCACGCCCCUCACUCUCUCUCUCCCAUCAUUACGCAGCAGGAUUGACAUGAAACUGUGAAUUGUUUGCUGCUCAAACAGAGUUGACCUGGAGCCAGCAGUCAACCCCCCCACAAACACCCACACCCAUCUACAUCAGCAUGACAAAACAUUGGGGGGGUCCGGGCGUCAUCAGUGCACGAGCAGCAGCGCAGCUCCACCAUCACCUUGAUCUGAGCGCGCCCAGAGGUUUCUCUUCCCAACCCGGCUGCCAUUCCUCCACCAACCCGCUGCUGCUGGAGUUUGGUGCGCGGCUUCUGGAGAAGCCCACCAUCACGACCUCCAUGGCGCAGGACUCGUGUUAUACAUCCAAAACGUCGGAACAAAGCGCAUGGGAACUUCAAGAUGGAAAUGUAAGUGGAGGAAAGAAGAAGAACUAUCAACGUUAUCCCAAACCUCCUUAUUCAUACCUGGCCAUGAUCGCCAUGGUCAUCCAGAACUCACCGGAGAAGAGACUCACAUUGGCAGAGAUUUUAAAGGAAAUCAGCGCAUUGUUUCCAUUCUUUAAGGGAAAUUACAAAGGCUGGAAGGACUCGGUGCGACACAAUCUCUCCUCGUAUGACUGCUUUGUCAAGGUGCUAAAAGAUCCCGGUAAACCCCAAGGUAAAGGUAACUUUUGGACCGUCGAAGUAAGCAGAAUUCCCCUGGAACUACUAAAAAGGCAAAACACAGCAGUGUCCCGGCAGGAUGAAACCAUCUUCGCUCAAGAUCUGGCACCGUACAUCUUUCAAGGAUACUCUCAGGGCAGCAAGUCAACACAAGUGCCUGCUAACGCUAGUUUGGUCUCCGUUCCCACCCGCCACAGCCCGUCCCCAUCGGAGGACCCCUGUCGUCCCAAACUGGAUUCCAAGUUUGCUAUCGAUUCCCUCUUGCAUAGCCUCCAACCAGCCAGUUCUGCUGGAGAGGGGCAACGACAAAGGGACGGUUGGGGACUCGAGGCUCCUCCGCACAUUCGUUCUACCUCUCCUACGCAUCCUCCUAACACCUUGUACAAUUGUAGUUCAUCAGCUAGUUCAGCCAGUCCUGCAUCUGAUUUGUCAGAUGAGGAUUGGAGAAGGGUGACGCGUGUCGGGAAAAGAUCAAGUGACCGAGAAUCAACGUCAGAUGGAUACGACUCCUGCCCGGUAAACAAAAACGCCAAACGUGGCACCACCCCACCUUGGGAGCUUCCGACAUCGUACGCGAAAUACACGCCCCCUAACGCGGUAGCACCCCCGAGCAUGCGUUUUAACGGAAGCCCGUUCAUGCCACUUGGCGGUCUUCCAUUCUACAGUUACGGCGGUGCACACAUGACCACCAAUCACCUGAUCACGGCGGUGGGUCACACGUACUGGCCCAUUCUCCCAAGCGGGCCAGUUUCUAUACAAGCUCCGCCCCUCCUCAUGGACUUAGACAGCAUGCUGCAAUCUGUUCCUCCCAAUAAGAGUGUGUUUGAUGCGCUUGGUUCCACCAAUCAGACUGCUCAUGGACCUCCAAACCAGUAUUCCCUUCAGAACGGACCUUCGCUUUGUAAAUACUCUCUUUAAAAAGAGGACAUGCUCCUGCAUUCAUAAUCUGUGGCACUGUGUGAAUUUAUAAACUAAUGCUGCUCUUACAAUUGUAACUGCAGCGAAAAUCCCCUGGUACGCAAACCCAUUGUUAUCCGAGACUUGAGCUGCUAAUAUUUAGUAGCAGUGUCCUUUUACUUCCUAACAAUGUUCUUUUACAACAUUUCUACCUCAGCUUACAACUGCCUGUGUUUGUUAUUUUAAUGUUUGGAAUAUGCAAAUGACCGUUUGUGAGUCUGUAGUAUUAUGAUGUUUGUGAGUGCUUUUGAAUCUUUUUUUUAUAUUUGGGUUUUUGUUUCUUUUACCCCCGUCACCUUUCAUAGUUGAAAAGUCUGAUGUCUGGACAAUGGAGAUCAUUGGAUGAGUCAGACCUCUUCAUGUCUUAUCAGUCCAGUGUUGUUUUUUCUGGCCUGCGUUCAGUGUGUCUUUAUCUGUGGCCUGUUUCUUAAUGUCUUAUCACAGACUCUAGACCUGCAGGAACUCAUCACACCUCUAGUGACUCUAGGUAUCAUUUAUUUGAAACUGAUCUUCACAUCCUAUUAAAAUGUCAUGGUUUGGUGAAACUGUCCAGAGGUACAUAUGGAGUGAUCUGAUGUGUAAUGUAGUGAUCAGUGAAGUGCGCUAGUGUCCCUCCGUCUGGUGCACGUCACCCAGGCACCUCCUGCGGUUCUGUCCUCCCUCAACCCCCGCCCCCCACAUUACAACCCUUUAACAGAUCCUCCUCUGGAUCCAAGCAAGUUAUUUUUGAUUAUCUUUACACUGCGUUACUUUGACACAGAUCUCGUAAGGCUUCUGCAAACAGUUCAUCAGAUUUGUUCAAUGUGCAUCUGCAUUCUUUUUUUUGGUGGUUUCUGCUGGACUUGUCUGAUGUGCCUCAUGAAAUAUAAACCAAAGGCAUUUCUGUAAUUCUUUUUCAGGUGAAAAACAUUGAUGCAGUUUUCAUAAAUGAGGUUCAGGGAGAGUGAAUCUCAGUAAUAAAGCAAAAACUAUACAA